CUUUUGUGCCUGGAUCUGUCUCUCAGUUCCCUUGGAGUUCUGUAUUGCAGCUGAUUCCAUAAGGAUGGACCAAUCCAUAAGCGAUAGUGAGACUUUAGUUUCCUCGGGCCAAAGCUUUGAACUAGGCUUCUUCUCUCCUGGAAGCUCCAAAAACAGGUACUUGGGAAUAUGGUACAAGAACACACCCCAGACAGCUGUAUGGGUUGCAAACAGAAACAACCCAAUUGCAGAUUCUUACGGAGUUUUAACCAUCAUCAACAAUGGCGCACUUGUUCUUCUCAACCAGUCAAAGAGUGUAAUCUGGUCUCCCAAUUUGUCAAGGGUGCCAGAAAAUCCAGUUGCACAGCUCCUGGAGACUGGAAAUCUUGUUCUCAGGGACGGUAGUAAUGAAACUUCUAAAAGCUAUAUAUGGCAGAGCUUUGAUGAUCCAUCAGACACAAUGCUGCCAGGCAUGAAGGUGGGAUGGAACUUAAAGACUGGUCUACAACGAAAUUUGACAUCAUGGAAAAGUGCUGAUGAUCCAUCUCUUGGAGACUUCUCUUUCGGAUCUGGUAUUAAUGUGCUGCCUUACAUGGUUAUUGGUGCGGGAUCAAGCAAAAAAGUCCGUACCGGCCCAUGGAAUGGACUUCAAUUCAAUGGUGUUCCUGUGAUGGACAACUCGGUUUACAAAGCAUUUUAUGUUUACAACAAUGAUGAGUUAUAUGCCCUCUAUGAGUCUAACAGCAAUGAGAUUAUUUCAAGAGUAACAUUGAAAUAUUCAGGUAUCCUCCAGUGUCUGGUAUUGAAAAAAGGGAGCUCUGAAUGGGCUGAAUUGUACUCAAUUCCUGAUGACCAUUGUGAAAAUUAUGGGCAUUGUGGUGCUAAUGGUAUUUGCAGAAUUAGCAAGCUGCAGAUUUGUGAGUGUUUGACAGGUUUCACACCAAAAUCACAAGAAGAAUGGGACGUGUUUAAUAGAUCUAGUGGAUGCACACUAAGAAGGCCUUUGGAUUGCCGAAGUGAAGAGGGAUUUCAAAGGGUUACAGGGGUGAAAUUGCCCGACUUGAUAGAUUCUCAUGUGAUUAAUAGUGUGAGCCGUAGGGAGUGUGAGGUGUCGUGCUUGAACAACUGUUCUUGUACAGCAUAUGCCUACUCAAAUGCAUAUGCUUACUCAAAUCCUAAUGGAAGCGGUGGCUGUUUGAUGUGGUCUGGGGACCUGAUUGAUAUCAGAGAGUUAACUUCAGAAAAACAUCCGGAGGACAUCUAUAUCCGCAUGCACACUUCAGAGCUAGGGUUAAACACUAAUCAGAAGAAGAAAAAACUAGUGAUCAUCCUUGUUAUAUCUACCUUUUCUGGAAUCCUCACCUUGGGCUUAGCAGUCUGGUUUCUAUUUCGGAAGAAGAGAACAAUGGGAAAAGACCAGGAAAGCAAGAAGAACUUAGAGUUACCUUUGUUUGACUUGCCCACCAUUGCAACUGCUACUAAUAACUUCUCUAACACCAACAAGAUUGGAGCAGGUGGCUUUGGGUCUGUGUACAAGGGCAAUCUACCAGAAGGAGUAGCAGUUGCAGUGAAGAGAUUGUCCAAGAAUUCAGCACAGGGUGUGCAAGAGUUCAAGAAUGAAGCUGUUUUGAUUGCGAAACUUCAGCACAAGAAUCUUGUCAGGCUUUUGGGCUGCUGCAUUCAAGGAGAAGAAAGAAUAUUACUCUACGAAUAUAUGCCUAACAAAAGCUUGGAUUAUUUUAUUUUCGAUCAAAACAGAAGAGCAUUAUUGUCAUGGGAUAAGCGCUGCGAGAUUGUUAUGGGGAUAGCACGAGGGCUUCUCUACCUCCAUCAAGACUCUAGAUUUCAAAUAAUUCACAGGGAUCUCAAGACGAGCAAUAUUUUACUGGAUGACAAUCUAAACCCUAAAAUUUCUGACUUUGGCUUGGCAAGAAUUUUUGGAGAGAAUGAAAUGGAAACAAGAACAAAUAGAAUUGUUGGGACUUAUGGCUAUAUGUCCCCCGAGUAUGUGAUCGAUGGGCACUUUUCUAUCAAAUCUGAUGUCUUUAGCUUUGGUGUUCUUUUACUAGAGAUUGUUUGUGGUAAAAAGAACCGAGGGUUCUCUCAUCCAGAUCACCACCAUAACCUUCUGGGACAUGCAUGGCUGCUGUGGGAACAAAACAAGGCCUUGGAAUUAAUUGAUGCAUGUUUGGAAGAUUCAUGUGUUGCAUCGCAAGUAUUACGAUGCAUACAAGUAGGUUUACUAUGUGUUCAAAACCUUCCAGCAGACAGACCAGCAAUGUCAUCAGUGAUUUUCAUGUUGGGUAAUGAGGGAGCAACAUUGCCUCAACCUAAACAUCCUGGUUUCUUCACAGAAAGAUCUUCAGAGGAUACAGAUACAAUGUCAGCAAAGAUAGAGUUACAUUCAGAAAAUGCAGUGCCAGCUUCUCUGACUAAAACAGGCUUCAAAGGUUCCUCUGUUGCGGCUCAGGGCACUGUAAUCUGCAACUUAAGAUUCACUAGUAGAAUUUCUAAAUUCAGAUUCCCUCUGGAUCAGGUUGUUAAUAAGCAGAAGAACAUCAUUUGGUUGGUCACUGCCAUCUGCGGCAAAACACUCAAGAGUAGAGAAGCUAGACUCAGCUAUAAGUUUUCUCGGGAACCAAACACCAAGAUCACCGAGAAGAUGGACUUCCACCCUUUGCAGGUUUCACCACUGCCAAGGAAAGAUCAAGAUCUCCAAGAAUACAUCAACGUAGUACCAGAAGAAUAUGUGGCCUUUGAAGACCACUUGGAGAAUCCCAAUUUUCAACUUCACGUCCGUGAAAUCAUAAAGAGAAAGGUGGAAGAUGCGGAAAAAAAUCUCAAACCAUUUGCUAUCUGCUUUCUGAAAAUUGCUUCAAGGAUGGGGGACGACACCUUCUUGGUGCAUGGAUUCUUGAUGGAACCCAAACUCGGAACUUGCAUAAGAAAGAUACUUCAAUCGGAGCUUCAGAUUCCCAGAGGACUGAAAUGGCCAGUUCAAGAUGUUUCAAGCGAUGUGGGGUUGACCAUGUUGAAACCAUCCAAAAUACCAGCAUCACUACUUCUUGAUGCCCACCCCAAGAUGUCGCCCCUGCUGCAACCCUCUCAAUCCACUGGAGCAAUUCCUUCUUCUGGAUCCAUUCUCCAGCAACCAAAUGGGACAUGUCAGGACGGUGGACUUCAAUGCCUGGAGGAACUAGGGGCACAAUACACAGGGGAGGAGGUGAUGAGCUCAGAGGCACCAAAGCCAGACUCUCCACAACCUAGUGGUCCACCGAGACUCACCCCACCGAGGGUAGGUAGGAUGAGGAAUGAACCAUAUCCUCAACCAUAUUCGCCUAGACCAAACAGAAAGGCACCACCAAGCUCAGGCGGGGCAGCGGGUGAAGGAACAUCAGGCUCAGGGACACAGGGAGAGGGUACAGGACCAACAGACUCAGGGACACAGGAAGGGGGUGAAGCACCACCAGGCUCAGGCCCACCGGGUUCAACGGGCGAGGCGGUAGGCCCAAGCAACCCAGAAACUCCAAAAGGGAAAUCAUCAAGGACUGAGGUUUCUGCACAAGGCAGAAUGGCUUACAGCGAUGCUAACAAGUUAAAUGAGAAAAUUUCUCCUUUUAUUUUCUUGUUGAUUUUCUCUUCCUUCUGCUUGCAGUUCUCCAGUGCUGUUGAUGCUGCCCCUGAUACGAUUUUUAGCGGACAAAUGCUCAGACACACAGAUACCAUCAUAUCUGCAGGUGGGAACUUUGAAUUAGGCUUUUUCUCACCUGGAAACUCCACAAGUUAUUGUGUGGGGAUAUGGUAUAAGAAAAUUUCAGAGCAAACGGUGGUAUGGGUUGCCAACAGAGAUUACACAAUAACUGGUUCCUCUCCUAGUCUUACCAUCAAUGACAAUGGCAACCUUGUGAUUUUGGAUGGCAGAGUCACAUACAUGGUGACUAACAUUUCAUUGGGCCAGAAUGUCAGUGCCACACUAUUGGAUUCCGGCAAUCUUAUAUUGAGAAAUGGAAACUCAAAUAUCUUGUGGCAGAGCUUUGAUUAUCCCUCGAAUAAUUUCCUUCCAGGUAUGAAGAUUGGAUACAACAGAAAGACCGGAGAAGUUUGGUCACUUACAUCCUGGAAAAAUGCAGAGGACCCAGGCCUAGGGCCUGUUUCCCUGAAAAUGGAUCCUGAAACACACCAAUUUGUCAUCAUGUGGCAUUCUCAAAUGGUUUGGAGUAGUGGGGUUUGGAAUGGGCAUGCUUUCAGUUCUGUUCCUGAAAUGAGAUUAAACUAUACCUACAAUUACAGCUACUUUGAAGACAUGAGUGAGGCAUACUUCACUUAUUCUUUGUAUAAUGAUUCUAUUAUAUCUAGAUUGCUUAUAGAUGUGUCUGGAAACAUCAAGAACCUGGUGUGGCUUGAAGGAUUGCAGAGCUGGACUCUGUUCUGGUCUCAACCAAGAAAUCUUGGAUGCGAUUACUAUUCUUAUUGUGGUUCUUUUAGCAGCUGCAAUAAUCAGACCACUUCUAUCUGUCAAUGCUUGUAUGGUUUUAGACCCAACUCUACAGGAGAUUGGAUGAAGAAUCAAUUUAGAGAUGGAUGUGUGAGGAGAACCCCCUUGCAGUGUGAUGAUCUCACUUCUGUUAAUAGUGAGAAAGACAAGUUCCUCGAAAUGGCAAAUGUGAAGUUUCCUCAGAGCCCUCAGAUUUUGGAAACACAGUCUAUAGAAACGUGCAAAAUGACUUGCUUGAACAAGUGCUCUUGCAAUGCUUAUGCUCAUAAUGGCAGUUGUUUAAUGUGGGAUGGAAUUCUACUGAACUUGCAACAACUUUCAAAAAAGGAUCCUGAUGGAAGAACACUAUAUCUUAAACUUGCUGCAUCUGAGCUCCAAAAUUCCAGAGAAAGCAAACUGCCACGGUGGGCUAUAGGGAUGGUGGUUGUUGCUGUACUGUUGCUUCUUUUGGCCUCCUACAUCUGUUACCGACGAAUGAAAAGAGUCCAAGACAGAGAGGAAAUGACAACAAGCCAGGAUAUAUUACUAUAUGAAUUUGGUGUGGGUUCAAAAGCUACUGAGAAUGAGCUCCAUGAGGGAAAUAGGGUUGGAAAAGACAAGAACAAGGAUGCUUGGUUGCCAUUGUUCAGCUUUGCAAGUGUAUCUGCAGCAACAAAGCACUUCUCAACUGAAAAUAAGCUAGGAGAAGGUGGCUUUGGACCUGUUUACAAGGGUGAACUAUUUAAUGGACAAGAAAUAGCAGUAAAGAGGCUUUCAAGGAGGUCAGGGCAAGGGCUAGAAGAACUAAAAAAUGAAACAGUGCUUUUGGCUGAACUUCAACACAGGAACCUUGUUAGACUCUUAGGCUGCUGCAUAGAGCAAGGUGAAAAGAUAUUAAUCUACGAGUACAUGCCCAACAAAAGCUUGGACUCGUUCCUUUUCGAUCCAAACAAAAGAGGCCAGUUAGAUUGGGCAAAGCGCGUCAGUAUUAUUGAAGGAAUUGCUCAAGGGCUUCUCUAUCUCCAUGAGUAUUCCAGAUUAAGGAUAAUUCACAGAGAUUUGAAGGCUAGUAAUAUCCUACUGGAUAAUGACAUGAACCCCAAAAUAUCUGAUUUUGGCAUGGCGAGAAUGUUUGGAGGAAACGAGUCAUAUGCAAACACAAAUCGAAUUGUUGGGACCUAUGGUUAUAUGUCCCCUGAGUAUGCUUUGGAAGGCCUUUUCUCCACAAAGUCUGAUGUCUUUAGCUUCGGAGUCUUGAUGUUGGAGAUCCUGAGUGGCAAAAAGAAUACAGGCUUUUAUAAUAGUGACACUCUUAAUCUUAUUGGAUAUGCAUGGGAACUGUGGAAAAGCGAUAUGGCUAUAAAUUUGAUGGAUCCCAUGUUGGAAGGCCAGUCCUCUCAGUAUAUGCUGUUAAGGUACAUCAAUGUGGGACUCCUUUGUGUUGAAGAAAUUGCAGCUGAUAGACCAACCCUGUCGGAAGUAGUCUCGAUGCUUACCCAUGAACUUGCUGUUCUACCUUCUCCCAAGAACCCUGCUUUCUCAACUGUAAGGAGCAUGGAAAAUCCACGCUCAUCCAUGAGCAGGCCUGAAAUUUAUUCAGCAAAUGGUUUGAGUAUUUCAGUUAUGGAAGCUCGAUAGCUCUUCGAGCCUCAAUGGCCUAAAUGUCUAAGUUUUAGUUCUUUAUAUUUCUUCCUAUAUACAGUUGCUUACUUAGUUGCCAUAUGCAUCUUUCACCAGUUUAUAGUUUCUCCUUGGAUGUUCAGUAGGCAUUCUUUUUCUAGAUAAAGAAAGAGACUUUGUUAUAUCAACAGUCAAAGAGUUAUUUAUUACAUUAUUGAUCAGAA